AUGUGUGGUUCGGGUAUCACAAGAUGUUUGCUUCCGUCUAAUUUUCAUAGGGAACCACCUAAGGUGGAGAAGAAACGGGAGAAUCUUUUUGUUUCAUAUGCAAAUAUAGGAAGAGGUGGUCAAAGUGAGAAAUCCUUAUCUGACAAAGAAGAAUUAGCCAUUGUUCUUGAAUUUGGGAAUUUUGUUAUUGACAACAAAAAAUUAGUGUGUUUAGCUAAGGCCCGUAACAUUAGUACUCUUCCUAAUUUGGGAAUGUUGUGCCAUGAUGAAGAUUUUGAUAAUUUUAUUAUUCGAUAUGUGGGUGGCUUGUGGGUGAUGUUUGAAUUUAAAUCCAAAGAAGCAUUGAUCAAAGUUAUUAUUGAUGAUGAAAUAUUCCCCAUUCGUAUCAAAGAAGCUCCCAUUUGGAAUCCUACAUUCGUGUGUGAGUUCAACAAUAUUGAUAAUGAUAGUGUUGAUGCAAUUCACCGAUUUGAACAAGAACAAGAUGGUAGUAAUGAUUCAUUACUUGAUAAGGAAGAGUGGCCACCACCUAUUGUUUUUUCUGGCCCAACUCCUGACGAUCACCAUGUCCCUGAUAAUUAUGACCCAGCACGUCUCCAUUUACAAGUUGAAGUUCUGUUGGCAGCAGCUCAAGCUGUCAAUAUUCUGAUAGCACCUGAUACUGUCAAUAUUGCAACAUAG